GUUUCCAUCCGCCGGCCGGUUGCCCCGGCGGCGGCGUCUCCCUCCCUCCGGCGGUGUCCCAGGCAGGCCCCGGGAGGUGUCCGGCGGGCGGGCGGGCGCGAUGUGGCGGCUCCGCUGCAAGGCCAAGAAUGGCACCCACAUCUUGCAGGGCCUCUCGAGCCGCUCCCGCGUGCGGGAGCUCGAGGGUCAAAUAGCCGCCCUUACUGGGAUCGCCCCCGGCGGGCAGCGGAUCCUCGUCGGCUUUCCUCCCGAGUGCCUGGACCUCAGCAACGGGGAGACCGUGCUGGGGGACCUGCCCAUCCAGUCGGGUGAUACCCUGAUCAUUGAAGAGGACAAAACCAAGCAUAAGACUUCAUCUUCUGCAGUUACAAAACAUGGUGCUCAUACUUCAUUCAGGGAAGUUUUGCCUGUGCUUACCAGAACUGUGGUCCCAGCAGAUAACUCCUGCCUUUUCACCAGUGUGUACUAUGUAGUAGAAGGGGGAGUUUUAGAUCCAGCUUGUGCCCCUGAGAUGCGAAAUCUUAUAGCAGAAAUAGUAGCAAGUGAUCCAGAAUUCUACUGUGAGGCAUUAUUGGGAAAAACAAAUCAAGAGUACUGUGACUGGAUUAGAAGGGAUGACACUUGGGGAGGGGCUAUUGAAAUAUCCAUUUUGUCAAAGUUUUAUCAGUGCGAAAUUUGUGUAGUGGACACUCAGACAGUCAGAAUUGACCGCUUUGGGGAAGACGCUGGUUACCCCAAAAGGGUACUACUAAUUUAUGAUGGCAUCCACUAUGAUCCACUUCAGCGAAACUUCCCUGAUCCAGACAGCCCUCCUUUGACCAUCUUUUCCUCCAAUGAUGACAUUGUUCUUGCACAAGCAUUGGAAUUGGCAGAUGAAGCUAGAAAAAAGAGGCAGUUUACUGAUGUAAACCGAUUCACCCUGAGAUGCAUGGUGUGCCAAAAGGGGUUAACUGGACAAGCAGAAGCAAGGGAACAUGCCAAGGAGACUGGCCAUACCAACUUUGGAGAGGUGUGAUCUGUGCGGGAGGAGGCAUUGUCUACUACCUCAGUCAUCCAGAAGGUUCUGGGUUUUCCAAUAAGCUCUCUGUAAACCUAAAAGACAAAAGGACAUAAUGCUUGAAACACCCUUUUUACUUAAGACAAUGAAGACACUAGAAUUCCUUGUUAAGAUUAAAAUUAGUGUGCAAGUUUACAGAUCUGUGUCUACAGUGGUGAUACAUGCUCUCUUCCUGCCAGGUGUGACAGUAAGUUGUGCCCUGACACUAGCCUGAAGAGAGUUAUUUAUACAAGCUAGCACUGAGCAGCAUUAACUGAUGGAAGAAUACACCUGGCACAUUUAGGGGUAAUGUGGAAGGCUUCAUGUGACACCACUGCAUAUACACUCAACAGUGUCUAGAGCAGCUUAGACCUUUGAAUAACACAAGAGUUUUGAAAACAUAAAACUCAUUUCUAAAUUAUGACUCCAGUUAUGGAGCAAUUCCUUAAAUGAUGUGCAGGGUGGUCAACCUGAUUUUAUGCUGAAAGUUAAGAUUUUUCAUGCAAAUACUUGCAUGCAGGUACAAGGUAUAAAUACUUUACACAAGCAGUUUCUACAGGGAUGGUAACUACUUCCUAUGAGUGUUAUCGCAAAUAUUGCAUUUAAUAGUGCCCUGUUUAAGAUUUAUAGUAUAUAAAAGUAGAAUGUAGAGGAUAAGGUGCCUAAAUUCGGAACUAUGGUGAAGGAGCUGACCGAAGCUUUAAAAGACCAGUAUCCUUGUUUUAACUUAAUUUUUAUUAGCUAAUAAUUUAUUGGAUAAGAUUUUUAAAUUAAGCAUAGCUUAAAAAAAAACCAACCCAACAUUCUUUUAAUUGAAUUUCUUUGAAAUUCGAUUAUUCAAACUUUGCAAAAGAUGUUUGGUUUGUUUUUUAUCUUGUGUGUGUGUUUAAAUUCUCCUCCUUUUUAUUCAUACUAUAUCUUUUGAAAUUUUUUUUUAAGCUGUAGUGACCUGGUAAAGUUUGAAUUCUUAUUGUGAUGAUUAUUCCUCACUUAAGUAGUUUUUGUUUUCAUAUUAAACAUACAGGCCUACAAAUGUUGAAUUAUUGCUAGCCUUAUCACCACUAAAAACGAUGCCCUUAAGUCAAGUCUAAUUUCUACAGACCAGAAUUUUAAAAUUUCCAUUUUAUUUCUCAUUUUGCCCUUUGAACAAUCCUAAGGUACUUAGAGUGAUGGUGACUAGGUUGUUUUGGAGGAAAAAAAAUACUCUUCUCUCUGAAAUAUAGAAAUAUUACCAAAUUCUUGUCUUACUGGCCUAUCUUAGAGUUUUUCUUGUUCUCCACAUUUGUUGUGUACCCUUUUGCUUGUUGGACUAAAUCAGCUAAGCACCCUCUCAGAAACAGAGCUUCCAUAUAAGAUCUCUUAGGUAAAGUUGUUUACUACCUCUUUCAUAAUUCUACUUAUGAUCAGGGAUGUUAAAACGAAUAUAACAAAACCUCCUGAGGUUUAAUGUUUUUGAAGUUCUUGUCAUAAUAAUCUUGAUCUAUUUGGGUGUAGUUAAGGGUCUGACAAACUAAUUGAAUAUUUUAACUAAUAUUUUAAGCACAUUUUUGGGGGUUAAUCUUUUGGAUUAGAGAAAUACUUUUUGAGUUCUUAGGGUAAAGGUUUAAAGUUGACAUUGUAAACAAUUUAACAAACAUUUAAGCAUCUAAUGUGUGCAAGACACUGUGUUAGGCACUCCUGUUCCAAUAGUGCUUACAUUUUAGUGGGAAAUUUAGGAAAAGUUAAACUUUAUUUGAGGAAUAAUUAACAAAGUGUGCUUGAAUUCUCUUAAUAAUUGAGUACCUUUUGUUUGCAUAACUCUUUUCAAGGUAUAAGUUGCUCUUAAUAAGUCUUAAAAGUGUUUUUUUGUUUUGUUUUGUUUUACUGAGCCUUAAAAACAAAAAAACAGCACUGGUGAAUUAUAGUGUUUGUAAGUGAAAAUAGUGUGAAACCUACACCUGUUUGUCUUCCUACUUGUGUCGAUGAUUAUUUCUUAAUUUCAUUUUAGUUGUCUAAGAAACCUGAUUAGAGUAAUAAAUGUUGUUAUAACCAAGGAAUUUAGAAUUAUAUCAUCAGCAUUCAUUCUUUAAAUUGAGGUUUCUUACACAAUUGUGCAUCAGUUUUGUCAGAAACCUUACUAUUUACUCUCUGAUGAGAUCAGAUGUCAGGCCUAAUGCAUUUGCCUCAGGACCUUUUAGAUUUAGCCUGAGACAGGUUGAUGCUCUGCCUUAGUAUAAAUUCUAGUCACUCUGAAUUUUGAUCCUGUAUUAUAUGGACAGUAGAUUAUUUUAACAAAAUAGAAAGCAAAAGAAUUUCUUGCUGAUAUUGCACAGAAAUUAAAUUUAAGUGGUUUUGUUUACAUGUUAUUGCUUUUUUCAUACCAAGUGUCAAAUAUUUAUUCAGGGAACUUUGCUUUCAUAUUUUGAACUUUUAAAUCUCCUGUUUAGACUAUCCAAUCAUAUAAAUUGGGGACUGAUAUUCAGAAUUGUUAGGGUUUUCAUUGUUAAUCAUUUGCCAAAAUUAACACUGUUGUGACUUGAGUGUCAUCAUAUGCCUAGAAAAUUCAUGAUGAAGUACUAUUUCUACUUCAUACCACUUAUAAUAAUAUGAAUUUUAAGUCCCUAAAUUUUUGCUCUAAAAUCAAGCUUGUACAGUAUUUUAAAUUUUAAAUUUUGUGAGUAUGCUGAUACUUGACUAAAUUGACCUCUUAGUCUGAAUAAACUUGAGUGUUGGAAAACCUUGAAAAUCUUCUGAUUUAGCUACUUUAAAGGAAUUUAGAAGAAAUUUUGUUCUGUUAUGUCUGCACUUGAACGCAACAGCAUUGCCCCAUUCACUCAGUUUCCAGAUUGAAGUAGAAGAACUUUAGCAUUAGAACCUUGGAGGGAAUAACUACCUUCAUUUACUUUGCUUUUGACUCCAGUGAUUAGCUGCAGUACUGCCUUGAUGUUAAUCUUUCAUUAUCACAAUUUUGUCGAAAUUAUUGUCUAAUAUUAUUUGAAGAUGAUAAUUAGUAUUAACCCCUGUUAGGAUACUAGUUGAUUCCUGGAGAAAUGAUUUCUUCCUCAGUGAAAAAUUGGAGUUAUUGGAAGGAUAGUAUUGAAAUUUUAAUUCAUGUUGCCUUGAUUUAGAUUUUUCUUUUCACUGAUUUUAGCUUAGUGGCUUUGGUGAAAAUCAGUAUGGCUGUAUAUCUCUUUAAUAAGAGCCCAAUGGAGCCCAAACCCUUGCAACAGGCAGUCACCUGCCCUUUUUCUAGGGAGCAAGUGACAUUACUUUCUCUCAAAGGAUCAUAGAGAUCAGAGCAUUUAAUGUUCAAAGGGAAUCUUAGAGAUCACUUAGUCCAACUCCCUCAUUUUACAGAUGAGAAUUAAAAGGUUUUUUAACCUUAUAAAGGUCACACAGGUAGCAAGUAGUAGAGACUGGAUUCAAACCCCAAAAUCUUGAUUCCAAAUUCAUUGUUCUUUCCACUAUAACCCAGCUGUCUCACUUUGUAUGCCUUCAAUAUGUUCAUGUAUACCUCACUGUACUUACUAACUUUCCUUCAUGUUUUGUAGAGCCUGGAAUAUGGGUAUUUGACAAGUUCAUCUGGCUAGCAUGUUUAUUUCAAAGUUUUCCUUAAAUUUAUUGCAUGGCUGCACUAACUUUUUUUUUAAUCCUUCUAAUUAAUCAUAAUGAGAAAGAUACAAGUUGAAGUGAGAUGAGAAAUUUUUUAUAACUAAUCAUGUGGCCUUCAUGAGCAGUUUUCAUAUAUUGAGAAUUACGCCUGGUAAUUAUUUGCAGCACUUUAAGACUUGUUAAACAAAGUUUACAUGUUAUAUAUAGCACCCUCCAAGAUCCUUACUAAAACCAAUAAAUGUAUGUGUUGAGCUGCUAAUAAUUAGCUCUUUUAUUCUACCAAUAUGUAUUGUAUUUCAGUAAUUCAACAUUCUAUUAUUGUGUUAACAUUCCAUUUCAGUAGCGAUUAGAAGCAUGCUGUGCCCUAGCAUUCAAAAUGUUUCUUAAUACACUACUAUAAUGUGAUUGUUCAUGUAUCUUUUUACAAUACAGUAUUCAAAUUUAUUCUUGCAGUGCAGACAGCUGAGGCAACUGUGCUGAAGAGAAUGGAUUAUUAAAUCUUUAUUCUUUUUUUAAAGCUAAGUUAUAAAGUCUUUUGUGGGAGGGGGUACGGGAGGGAUUCGGGUAUUAAUGGACUUGAAAGUUUCAUUUUAUUUAUUAGAUGUUGUGUCUUUUAAUAUCUAAUAAUAAAAGUGAAGCAAAUAUUAAUUUGAAUAAGCUAUGAAAUUUGGGAUUUGAAGUUAAAGAUAGAGAAUGAGAUAUGCUGAAUUAUCUAAUUGCUGCAAAUAGUAUUUUGGCAAUAAUUUUUAAGCAUCCAGUUUACAAAGCUUGUAGAUCUCUUGAUUGUGAAGCAGGAUUUGGGACUUUUUAGUUGUUGGAGUUUAUUUAUUUAUUUUUGUCUAGGCCUUUGCUUUCCUCAGUAUAAGGAAUUGCUUUUCUUUACCAAUGAAUCUCUAAUUUAUGGUCCUAAAGCAUUAUGGGAGCUUAAGUUUAAUAACUUGUCCAAGGUCACACAAUUAGUAUACAUCAGGAAAGAAUUAAACUGGAGUCCUCCUGGCUCAGAGGAUUGCUCUCUAUCCGUUACACACAGAUUUUAGUAUAUUAAACAAUAACACAUUUGUUAAAAAGAUUUUCCCCUCCUCUUAAUAAACAAGUUCUCACUGUUUUUGUUUACCAUAUCAUCAGCAUUUAAUUUGAAAAAUACUGCAUUGAUUGUAAUUUGUGUGGGUGCUAAUUAAGUUCUUAAUGUAAAUGUAAAGGUUAGCUUAUUCUAGCAAUUUUUUUUAAAAGGAGUCAUUGAAGAAAGACAAAGAUGAGUGCUACCAAAACAAAAGAAAAUCUGGUCUGGGAUAAAUGAAUUCCUAAUACUUAUCAAAUAAUGCUAGUAUUUCAGGCCAUCAGGAGAGCAAUAACUUUUGGGUGGUAUUACUCAAUUCUCUCAGUGGUUUCUGAGUUAAAAAAAAAAAGAUUCAUAUAUGAAAAAACUUUCAGUUAAAGCAUAAAAUUACAUCUUGAGUAUUUAUUAUGAUGCCUUUUUAUAUUUCUUCCCUUUUUCAAAAGGCAAAAUCAUACCAUAUAUGGGUUAAGGAAUGGUGAAGACAUAUAGUUGAGUGAUAGGAAUAAUAGGCUAUAGCUUCCAAUACCAAGUUAAAUUUAAGGAAAUCUUAGGAUAUAGUAUUUCUUUUAGUAUUAUAUGAAACUUUAUAAUGGGUACAGCAUAUACAUUUUAUUUUGUAGCUCAUGAGCACCACAAAAGUAGCCCAAAUCUUAUUAUUUUUCUAAUUUACCUCUGUGCCAUAUAGUAUCUUAUAGGAAAUUCCAUAUAUUUAGCUAAAGUAUAAUGGUGACUUUGAAGGAAGGAGAAGAGUAAUUUUUCUAGUAACUUAAUUCAGCUUUGACUCUUGUUAGGAAAUAUAUUUAGAAAACAAUAUUUACCAAAAAUAGUCAAAUAUGUACAUUUCCUGUCAUGUAGCUUUCAGAUUAGAGCUGGUAGAAGUGGAGGCUUAAGAAACAAAAUGAAUGGAAUUGGCUAGGAAAGAUUGCCACAUGUCACUACUUUGGAACAUGACCUAAAAGAGCAGUAGAAAAUUUUAAACCAGGAGUCAAUUUUGUAUGCUUGAAUUUUCUUAGAUUAAAAUUAUUUUCCUUUGGAAGAUUGAUAAUUUUGUCUCUUGUUUUGACUUGGCUAAUUCAGGUUGUUUUCACCACAAAGAUCUUUAAUAUGCUGCUACCAGGAAAAUGUCUUGUAUCAUCAUAUAACCUUUAUGUAAUUUUGAUGUUGCCAAGAUGCUUUGAUUUUAUUUAUCAACUUGUAUGAUUUUAAUAACUGAAAGCUGUAUGUAUGUAUGUAUGUAGUGACUUGUUAUGAAAGAAUAAAUUAAACAAUCUAAAUUGGA